AUUUCUUAAAACUAAAUUUAAUAACGAUAUAUGUAACAAAACACUGGCGUAAAUAUUAAUAGUAAAUAAAAGUCUAGAAUUUAAAGAGUAAAAGUAAUGUUUUAAUAGAGAAUUAUAGUUAGUACUAUCAAAUUACUAAAAUAAAAAUGGCAUUUUUAAAUAAACUGAUGGGUACUUUCAUAAAUCCUUUGAUGAAAGUUUCCGGAUCAGUUCUCAAAGAUCGUGUCCUUACACCAGUAUCAUCUCAAAUAGUUGCAAAGAGAUCAAAAUUAUAUUACACGGAUUGGAGGAUGCUUAGAGAUGUCAAACGGAGGAAAGUUGUUAAAGAAUAUGCCAAGCUAAGACUUCAAAUAAAUUCUAUAAGAUAUAAUACUGUCCUACCUGACCAAAUCAAAGAAAUUGCUCAAAAGGAAAUUGAAGCAUUGCCAACUGACAGUUGUUUCACUAAGCUUCAUCCUCGUUGUGUUCUUACCUCACGUGCUCGUGGUAGAUGGCGUGAGUUUCGAAUGUCACGAAUUAUAUGGCGUCAUCUUGCAGAUUAUAACCAAUUAUCAGGAGUAGAACGUGCAAUGUGGUAGUUCGUAAACUCAAGAUAAAACUAUUAGCAUUUGAUUCAUAAAUUGAUGUAACCUUUUUUUUUUUAAAUAAAAAAAUUCUGUUGAA